AUGGUCAUCCAGCGAAAUCACAAACGAAUGGCAAAUAACGAGAGCCUGAGGCCGACAAGGUCUUUAAACUUGAAAAACGUUACUCACGUGUAUAAUAACCAAAUUUUGCUACCCGGGUUGACCCAGCUCCACGCAGCGCUGAAAGCCAAAGCCGACGCCUGGAAGGACAUUAUUAAAAUCGGCAGAACUCACACCCAGGACGCGGUCCCGUUGACUUUGGGCCAGGAGUUCUCGGCUUACGCGACUCAAGUUGAGUACGGGAUCGCCCGAGUCAAGGACACUUUGCCGAGACUGUAUCAACUGGCUCUGGGAGGUACUGCCGUAGGUACUGGGCUGAAUACCAGGAAAGGAUUCGCUGAGAAGACAGCCGCUAGAAUAGCUUCGCUUACUGGCUAUCCAUUCCUAGGAAGUGGACCCCGCUGUGGACUCGGCGAGCUGUCGCUCCCAGAAAACGAACCAGGAAGCUCCAUUAUGCCUGGUAAAGUCAACCCGACUCAGUGUGAGGCUAUUACAAUGGUCUGUGCUCAAGUAAUGGGCAACCACGUCGCUACAACAAUCGGUGGUAGCAAUGGCCACUUUGAACUUAAUGUUUUCAAACCUGUUAUGGUUGCCAAUACUCUCAGAUCUGCUAGACUUCUUGGAGACUCUGCUGCGGCGUUUACUAAAAACUGCGUCGUUGGUAUCGAGCCGAAUAUCGAUAAUAUCAAAAAAAUCAUGAACGAAAGUUUGAUGCUAGUCACUGCUCUUAAUCCACAUAUUGGAUACGACAAGGCCGCUGCAAUUGCUAAACAAGCGCACAAGCAAAAAUUAACUCUAAAAGAAUCAGCACUAAAGAACGGUCUUACUGAAGAACAAUUCAACCAAUGGGUUCGACCGGAACAAAUGUUGGGACCUAAAACCAAGAACUGUUCAAGACUUCUCCAAGAGUGCAAAUGUAUUUUAAAACAAACAAUUACUGUAAGAAAUUACAGAAAAGUCGGGAUCAUUGGAGUACCUUUUGACAAAGGCCAGAAAAAGCAAGGCGUUGAGCUUGGUCCAGAUGCUAUCAGAAAGGCUGGGCUUAUCCAAGGAUUGGAGAACAUUGGAUUGGACGUAAAAGAUUACGGAGAUGUAAAAUAUGAAAUAAAAUCGAAAGAAGGUAUCGAUAAUAUGGACCAUUUAAAUGAAGUAGCUGCUUGCACGUACAAAGUGUCCGAGAUAUUUGAGAAGGUGCUAAAAGACGGAAGAACUCCAGUGACACUCGGUGGAGAUCAUAGCUUAACUGUAGGGACUGUCGACGCACAUGUCAAAUCCAAGGGUAGUAACAAUGUUGUCUUACUUUGGGUAGACGCUCACGCAGACUUAAAUACCAACAAGACGAGUAGCAGUGGUAAUGCUCAUGGAAUGCCUGUGGCGUUAAUCGCUUCCGAGUUGUCUGAUUACUGGCCUCAUUUACCUGGGAUGGAUUGGCAGAAACCAAUGUUGUCAAUAAGGAACAUAGCAUACAUUGGACUGCGCUCAGUCGACAUGUACGAAAGAUUAGUGAUUGAAAAAUUUGGAAUCACCGCAUUUGGAAUUGACGAUGUGGAAAGACUCGGAAUUCACCAGGUCAUUAAUAUGGCCUUGGAAAAAUUAGAUCCACAUUCUGAAAAGUCGAUUCAUGUGACUUUUGAUAUUGAUGCUUUGGAUCCACUCGAAGCUCCUAGCACUGGAACUUCUGUACGGGGAGGACUGACAAUCAGAGAAGGCAUUCAUUUACUGGAACAAGUGUACCGUACCGGCAGACUAAACGCCAUCGAGCUCGUAGAAGUGAACCCCCUAUUGAGCGACACUAAAGGUGUAGAAUUGACCGCUGGAGCAGCUGUUCUUCUUCUUCAAGCUGCUCUCGGGAACAACCGUCGCGGUCUCAGAGUUCCUGAAGGAAUCACAGACAUGCCGCUGCAAACUUUUAAAUAG